AUGAAGCUCCUCUACCCCACCUCCCUCAAGCUCGACGUGGACAGCCUCCAAGGCUUCUCCGUCGACCUCGUCCCCUACGAUGUAAAAACGUCCAUCCCAGAGGAGCACACCGAUGCCGAAGCCCUCGUCACUUGGACCAACACGGCCGACAACCUCAAGGACGCCGCCUCCCGCCUUAAGAACCUCAAAUGGAUCCAGUCCCUCGCUGCCGGUCCCAAUGACGUCCUCAACGCCGGCUUCGAUACCUCCAAGAUCACCGUCACGACCGGCUCCGGACUGCACGACCACACCGUUGCCGAGCAUGCCCUUGGCUUGCUCCUCAACGCUGCACGCCGUUUCUACGAGAUGCGCGACUACCAGCUCCAGGGCAAGUGGCCGGGCCACCUCGGCGGGCCCCAGCCUGAUCGCCCCGCGGGUGCUUUCACGACUCUGCGCGACGCCCGCGUGCUGAUCUGGGGGUUCGGCAACAUUGCCAAAGCACUGACUCCGCACCUCCGUGGCCUCGGCGCGCAAGUCAAGGGUAUUGCGCGUAAUGCUGGUGUUCGCGAUGGUGUCGAGGUAUACGGCGAGGACAAGCUAGCCGAGCUGCUGCCCGAAACUGAUGCGCUGGUCAUGAUCCUUCCUGGAUCUGACUCGACGAAGAACGCCCUGAACGCCGAGCGUCUCAAGCAGCUGCCCAAGCACGCGUGGAUCGUCAACGUUGGUCGUGGUACCUCUAUCGACGAGGACGCAUUGGUAGAUGCGCUAGAGAAGGGCGAGGUCGGCGGCGCGGCAUUGGACGUGUUCGUGACGGAGCCUCUCCCUGAGGCGAGCCGUCUGUGGAAGGCGCCGAACGUGAUUAUCUCGCCGCACGCGGCUGGUGGCCGGCCACAAGGUGCCGAGGCGUUGAUCGCUUACAACCUGAGGCGGUUCCGUGCUGGUCAGUCAUUGAAGAACAUUAUCUGA